AUGAGCCAUCCUUACGACCAUCUCCCGGGCAUCAACGAUGGCAGCACCUACGAUCAGGAUUUGACCCGCCAACGUGCGGCAUCCAGCAGCAUCGGGAACCCCUCUGUCGUCAGGGCUCCGGCCAAUAAUAAUAAAAAUAAUAAUAAUGAUAAUAAUGUCCCAGUGAGUCGAGUCGAGACCCCCAGCCGUCCGGCGUUCUUCUCGAGAAACCGGUCCUUGUCCAGAUCCUCCAGCCAGCGCCAAAUGAUAAAGCCCUCGAUCUCUCUCACUCCCUUGUCCAGCUCAACCUCCGCCAAUUCUACAGCCGCUUCCGCGACGCUGACGGUGACGACGACGGGGACGACAACAACUACUACGACUUCUGUUACGAAUGCGGCCGCCAAUUCUCCAGAACGGCGUCUGCCCAGAGAGUCCUCCACCAAACGCAAGGGACCAAGCGCUCGCAAUAAUAUCAAAGGCAGAGGAAUCUCGCGGCUGAUCAUUCCAUCCCUUUCCCACCAUUCGAGUUAUCUCACCUCCCCCAUUGACCUCCAAGCGGCUCCCCCCACGCCUAUGGAGGCGUCGACCUCCUCCUGGGGUAAAUCCCCAAAUACCGCGAAUGCAGGUCCGGACCCGUUCCUCAGCUAUGGCGCGUUAUCAAUGCCAGCUGUAUCGUCAAGUGGAGGUUCAUAUGGCCUGCAGAGCGCCAGUUCAAUCUAUGCUAACAUCCACCAAAUGUCGUCAAAGCGGAUAUCGACACUAGAUUAUUUGCGGAAGGCUCACGAAGGCCGCGUCUACUGGUUCAACACAGUCCACUUCUCAAAAUCAGACCUCUCCCGACUCUCAUACUUCGAACAACGGAAACUCUCCCGCCGCGCAACCAACUAUCUCCUCCUGGGCCUCUCCCUCCCCCCCAUCCUCGACGUCAACUCAACACCAUUCGAAUACCUCCGCGCCUUAAACGCCCUUCUCCUCGAAUUCGAAACAUUCCAACAAGCCCACCCGGCCGACGGGAACACCUCAUCCUCCCUCACCCGCGCACGGAUACCCCACAUGUUCAAACGCUCCGUCCACUCAGGCACCAAGACCCGGCGCACGAGCUCAGCCACGGAAAUCGGACUGCCCAUGCAAACCACCGACCCAUCAGACAUCAAAGCCAUGACGGGCAACAUCGCGACGUCGAUCAAUCCUACCUCCUCGGCCUCUUCCUACCCUUCCAACUCGGACUCCUCGGACCUCCUACCGGGCGAAGAAUACACGUACCUCCUCACGCCGACUUUGCCGUUCGAUCCGGACUUCUUUCAGACGUUUUCGUCGCUGUGCGAUGUGCUGAUUGAUUGCUACACGAGACUUAUGGCGUUGGUUUCGGGGCCGUCUGUUUGCACUGCUGUUGUUGGGGAGAUGUUUAACAAGGCUGAUUCGAGGCUGCGGAAGAUUAUGAUUGCGGGUGUGGUGAGGGAGUUUGAGGAUGCUAGUCGCAGUAAAGUCAAGUCGGAGGCUGCAGGUGUGAGCAAGGUGGUUCUUGGAGGGCUCCUGGGCUGA